AUGGUAGUUAUAAUGGACGUAUACGGCCAGUGCCAUCAACACGGUCACGUAAUUGGAUAUGGGGCAGGUAAUAAUUGGUGCGGGUGUUGGGGAGGAAAUGGACUGGGUAUCAUCAAUAACUUGGGUAAAGGCUACGGGUGGAGUGGUACUGAAGUCGUCGGAGCCUACGGUGGAGUCGGUACAGGUGACUUGGAUAUCGCUGGCGAGCUGCCAGUCGCAGGCGUCACCACAGUCGCUGGACACGUACCGAUACUAGGUGCCGUGCGAUUCGGAGGCGGAGUGCCGGCAGCUGGAACCGUCUCUAUUUGCGGAAAAUGUGACUGCGAUUGCAACGGGCUGCCAUGGUUUUGA